AUGCGCGACCUCACCGCCGCCGCCCCGGACCCAGAAGCCCCGCCGCCCGCGCCCUGCGCCCGUGCCUGCCGCCCGCUGGACUGGCUGCUGGGCCUCGCGCUGCUGCUGCUGACUGCCGCCUGGGCCGCCUGCGCUGUGCGCUCCUGGGCUGCGCCCGCCGCCGCCAGCCCGAGGCCCCUCACCGGCCCCGCGCCCUCUCUGGGGACUCCCCGCAGCAACCACCCGAAGGAUGGCUUCGCCCAGCUGGUGGCCAGCAAUGUACUGCUGACCAAUGGGACCCUGCUCUGGCACAGUGACCAGGGCCUGGCUGGCGUGUUCCUGGCCGGAGACCUGCGCUACGAGGAGAGGGACCGGCAGCUGGUGGUGGAAGAGGCUGGGGUGUACGAAGUCUUCCUGCAUCUAGAGCUGCAGCGCGUCCUGGCCUCUGACUACGGAGGCUACGAGGACAGCGACCGCCCAGGGUGGGUCUCUGCGGACUUGCGCCUGCAGCCCGGCCGCUCCUCUGCGCUGACCUUGCGUGUGGCCCUGCCGGCAGCAUCCUCAGACUUGGCCGAAGGCUCCCGGAACCGCCUGCUGCGCCUGCGUGCCGGCCAGCGCCUGUCAGUCCACCUGCGUACCUCAGCCACAGCGCACCCCACCUGGCAACUGGCCCAGGGCGCCACGGUCCUGAGCCUCUUCCGCGUGGCCACAGGAGACCCCUCUGAACCAAGACUUCCCUGGCCACGGCCCACUUGA